AUGGAGGGGGCUUCGAAUGCGGAAGCUCGGGUGGAGUUUGGGAGGAUCGGGCAGCUGAAUCUCCUCUACACCCCAUUGCCAGGCAUUGUGACUCUUCAGUUGAAGGACGUGGAUAUUCGAAUUCGGCCAAAUUUUACGGGUUUUGCACUGAGGAAGUUGACCGAGACACUGCAGGAGUUGGGGGAGAUUGGGGCUUUGGAAGAACGCCCUUUGGGGCCUUCUGUUGUCUCUACAGGCCCCCCACCCGGUGCAUGCAUUCUCUCCAAUGCAUGCAUGCAUCCAAGUGCAUGCAUGCCCCCCUAUGCAUGCACAAUAGCAAACACACCCCCCAAACACAACACACACUCGAGGCUCGUCCCCCCGUGCCGCGUGCCUAAGCCGCCCCCAGUGGUUCGGCGAGCGGAGUUUGUAGGGUCUUCCCCUGCCUCUUCUUUUUAUCAGCAGCCUGUUCAGGGAGAGUGGCUAGCUCAGGGAUCUGCUGCUGCUGCUGCUGCUACUUCUGCUGCUGCUGCGGCUGCUGCCGCUGCGGCUGCUGCUGCGAGGGAGGCAGCUGACGACUGCUGGGCCCGUGUGUGGGGAGAAGAUUCUCUGCUGUCUCCUUGUCUCUCGCUUCUGUCUCCAACGCAAAGGCAAACACAGCAAAUGUUUGGUGCAGGAGACAAAAAUAUAUACGGACACCCUGCUACUCCAGUAGCAGAGACCCUCGAUUUCGAUCACCUUAAACACAUUCAGUUGCCGUCUAUCACUCUCGAUGCUGCUGCUGCAGCACAGAAGCUGUUGCCUCCUGGGAGGGCCUUCCCUACCUCCUUUGCCUCUCUCUCUUCUUCCCGGCCGGCGGUCUCCCCAACUCAGCCGCUGCUGCAUACGCCUGUGUCUGCGCAACGCGAGACAAAUCGAUUCAACUCCACACCGGUGCAGCAGCAAACUCAGCAGCAGCCACAGCGGCCCCAGCAACUGCAGCAGCAAACUCAGCAGCUGUCACAGCAGCCUCAGCAGCAGCUGCAGCAACUGCAGCAACCAUUUUCCCCUCAGUGCUCGCCACAUCCUAUAGGACCUUCUUAUAGUGUGUACACCCAAAGAAGUUCGUAUGCAAAUAUGCAUUUGCAAGCUGCCUACCCCUACAUUCCAGCUUCGCCUUCAAACCCUCAUGCUCAGAUGCAGCAGCAGCAACUGCAGGAGCAGCAGCAAUUCCAGCAGCAGCAAGUGCAGCAGCAGCAGCAGCAGUAUGGGCUCUCCAUGGGCUCCUCUGGACAUUCUCCGAGUGUCUGUACACCGCAGUACUCCCCUGCAUUAAGGGCCAACUUCACUUCAAACCCUCACUUCAUCCCCUACCCUCAAGGAGGAGCCCCACUGCAGUUGACUAACUCCAUGGCAGCGCAUGCUGCAGCUAGCAGCAGCAGCACAGCAGCAGCACAAGCAGGCUCUCAACCAGCCGUUUUGGUCUCUGCUAAUGCAGCCCCCCAGCCACAGCCUGGGGGGAUUUAUACUUUGCCCUCGCAACAGCUACAGCAACAGCAGCGGCAGCAACAGCUGCUGCAGCAGAGACAAAACUCGGCUUCUGCAGGUGCCUCUAAGGGCCGGCAGUAG